GUUUGAAGGUUUGAAUCCUGACAAGUCACAAGUCACAAGUCACAAGUCACAAUUAGCAUUCAGCACAAAUACUUAUAAUUAUUGGAAAAGAGGAAUAAUAGAAAUUAAAAAGAAAAAGAUGUCGUGGCUGUUCAAGUCCAACGAGCCAGACCCCCAAUCUUCGGACCUCCACCGCAGCGUUAUCCCCUCCGCCGAUCGCCACGCCGUCAAGGACGACAUAUCGCAUAUUUUCCGCGGCGUCGCCAACUUCCUCGCUCCGCCGCCUUCCUCCUCUUCCUCCGCCGCCGAUUCCUCCUCCUCGCAAGCUCUCACCGGAAUCCGCAACGAUCUCGUGGAGAUCGGCGGAAGCUUCAAGAACUCUCUCUCGCUCAUUUCCUCCAACAAAGCCGUCUCCGGAAUCUCCAAGUUCGCCUCUCAGUUGCUGCAGUUGGAGUCCGAUCAACGCCGAAGCGACGACGAUGCCGUGCCUGGAACCACCGACGACGUCCUUCGUUUCGUGAAGGAGAUUUCUGCGCGGCCUGAGUGUUGGACCGAGUUCCCCUUGCCACUGCACAACGCAGAGUUUAGCAUGUCCAUUUCUCAGAGAGAACAUGUAUUGGCUAUAGAACGGCUGGUACCUGAUUUUGUUGAACUUAGACUGAAUCUAUGCAGUUACAUGAAUGUGGAGAAGUUUUGGAUGAUCUAUUUUUUGCUAAUACUUCCAAGACUAAGCCAGCAUGAUUUUGAGUGUCUAUCAACCCCCAAGAUUGUUGAAGCAAGAAAUGUGCUUCUUCAGAAACUUGGAGAAAAGAAAAAUUCUCAAGCUGGAGAACGUGAAAAACCAAGGACUGUGGAUACAUGUCAAGAGGGUAGCGAGGACCGUGGAAGUGAAAGUAUCCCAUUUGAGCAAAGUCAGAUUUUGACUGAGGUUACAAAUGCAGUAGAGGGCUUAGAAGUUGAUGACACGAUUAGCUCUGAAAAAUGGUUGGAAGAUACAGAUAUUGAUGCUACUUCAUUGACUUCCUCAGCAGGAAGAGGACGUCUCAUUCAGUGAUCUAGAGGAUGAUGUGAGUUAUAGCUCUGAUAAAUUAUCAGGCUAUAGGGAGACACACGACAUCAGGGGUUCAUCACCUGAAGGUUCCAGUGACUGGAUUCAGCUGCAUGAAAAUUCUGGAAGAGAUGGCAGGAAGAAGGCGGCUAUACGUUUAAAAGGUAAGGACUCAGAAGAUGAGUCAAAUGAUUGGCUCACCGUCGAUGAAUUUAAUUAGAUAGGCUUUCCUUGAUUCACCAAGUUGUAAAGGUUCAAUAUUUUUCCCUUCUCGAUGGUUCUGUAUUUAGGGAGUACACAAUUAUAUAUAUAUUAACGUAUUUCUUUUGAUAUUCACACGUAUAUAUAUUGACUUACUGUUGAGCAUUGGGCAAACGUCA